AUGGCUGCUGCUGAUACAGACGGUUCCGCGCCGCAAGCCGAAGUUAUGUCCAUCGCCUCCCCCAUUAACUUGAUCCUCGUCUCCCUCUUCGUCGUCCUGGUGUAUUAUCACUUCCGCCCCAAGCCACCAGUCACCCUCCCGCGCGGCCCACCUCCCGUCGUCUUCCGCACCUACACCCCCAAGACCCUGAUUGAGUUCAACGGCGAGAAUGACCGCCCCGUCUUCUUAGCGGUUCGCGGCCGUGUCUUCGACGUAUCUCCAGGAAGGAACUUCUACGGUCCGGGCGGCCCGUACGAGAACUUCGCCGGCCGGGACGCAUCGCGCGGCCUGGCCCACCAGAGCUUCGAUGAGGAGAUGUUAACCAAAGACUUGUCGGCCCCACUGGACGACCUCAAGGAUCUGGAUGCUGACCAACUGGAGAACCUGCAAUCGUGGGAGGAACGCUUCUCCGAGAAGUACUUGGUGGUCGGUAAGCUGGUUGCCGAAGGUGAUCCCGAGGCACCGAAGUCAUGA